CCGUACACCAUAGCAUGAUCAAUACGAAAUCCGACAGUUUGUCUGAAAAUGUGGGCUUCAAAAAAGCGAUUCCAAUUCUGCCAAAUCCCAAGGAGAAGACCAAACGAAAAUACUGUAUUAUAGGACACUAUGGAUAUAGUUCUUCAGAUUAUGAAAGGAACAAAGCAUCAUGGAGAAGUAAAGCUUUUAAAUAUUAUAACAAAGUAAUCAUUGAAGGCAAAAUCACUCACGCAGAGAAACCAGAUCAUCCAAGUGUUAAAUACAGAGUUAUGGUAAAUACAGGUUAUUUUCUAAACAAAACUGUUUCAAAUUUUCUAAAAUCAUGCAGAUAUGAAGAAAACACUAAUAACAAUGCAAAUGGAGAUGACUCUAGAAAUUGUAACGCAAACAAAGGAAACAAUCUGAUCGGUUUCUCCAAAAGUUCUGUCGCUCAAAGAGAAGACGUACAAAUAUUUCGCAAAAAGGAGCUGAAAAAUCAAUUAGUUGAGCUUAUUAAGGAACACGAUAGAAUGCUGGAGCAGCUAGAUUUUGUGGACAAGAUGGAGAAAAGAGCAAUAGGAAGUAUGAGAAAUGCUUGUGGUGAAAAGACAUACUGGAAAAUGGAAAUGAAAUCAGUGGAUAAAAAGUAUAAAAUGAAGGUGGAGGGUAUUGUAAACAACCUGAAAACUUCCAUGGAAAAAGCAGAGAUUUGUCAUGCAGCUGCACUUCGAACAAAAUUGAAAACAGGUACAAACAAUAAUGCAGACGACAAACAAGAAGGCAAGUCGUUAGGAUUUUUCAAAAAUUUGUUCAAAAAAAGUUCAAGAAGAAAUGAGGUAGAAAAUUAUGUUCCAUCUGCAGUUAACAUUAGAAGUUUAUUCCGACGUACAAGGGGGUUCCAAAACAAAGUAAAUUCUAACCCUUGUGAUAACGUCGACGAGAAAAAUGAAGAAAAACACACCUUAUUGAAAGAAGAAAUGCACAAUGAAAUAGCAGAAUCUUUAUCCAAAUUGAAAAGAAUUCACAGAAAUAUGCUAAAAGAUAUCAAAGAGUCGAGCGAUGUAGAUUUUUUUCUAGAAGAAGCUAAACUCUUGUCUGGGUUCUCGGAGGAAAUGGAAACAGCCGCCCGGGAAGAAAUCUUAAAUAUCGAAACGAAAUUUCGUAGCAAGUUUGAAAAGAAAAUGAAGAAAAUACUUCCAGAAAAAGAUUGUAAAUAUUUCCAAAAAACGGCAAAUAAAGAUUUUCAAGAAAAACAGAUGAGUGGAGGUGCUUGUGCUGUCGAUGAUGGCGAGUUGGAGUGGGCGCAAUCGAAGCAAAAGUUUAAGAGAAUUUAAACUCUUUUGUUAUCCAUGCAAAAUGAAGACGACAAAUUAUAGCAAUUUUGAAGAAAAAAAAUCUCGUUUCUUUUAUGAAAGAUAAAUAAAUUAA